GUGCAUCUGCGAUCGGCAGAACGUCUUCGAGACUUGUGCUGUGCCAACCGGGGGACUUUCAUCAAGGUGGGCCAACACCUCGGGGCCCUGGACUACCUGCUGCCUGAGGAGUACACGUGCACCCUGAAGGUGCUCCACAGCCGGGCUCCUCAGAGCAGCAUGCAGGAGAUCCAGCAGGUCAUCAGAGAAGACCUCGGCAAGGAGCUGUCAGAGUUAUUUCUGUCCUUUGAGGAGAAGCCUCAUGGUGCAGCCUCCUUAGCCCAGGUCCACAAGGCACUGUUGCAUGAUGGGAGGACAGUGGCCAUCAAGGUUCAACACCCCAAAGUCCAGAGCCAGAGUGUCAAGGACAUAGUGAUGAUGGAGGUGCUGGUGAAAGCGGUCCAUUGGCUCUGCCCAGAAUUUGCCUUCAUGUGGUUGGUGGAUGAGGCCAAAAAGAACAUGCCACUGGAGCUGGACUUUCUUAGAGAAGGACAUAAUUCUGAGAAGGUGGCCAACAUGCUGGCCCACUUCCCCUUUCUCAAGGUUCCCAAGAUACAUUGGGAUCUGUCCACAAAGAGGAUUCUGACCAUGGAGUUUGCUGAGGGGGGGCGUAACGACAGGGAAUACAUGAAGAAACACGGCAUCGAUGUCAACGAGGGUACUGCCUGCUCUAUCUCAGAGAACCUGGGCAAGAUCUAUAGUGAAAUGAUAUUUGUCCGUGGCUUUGUUCACUGUGACCCGCACCCGGGCAAUGUCUUGGUCCGAAAGUGUCCUAAGAGCAAGAAGACCGAGAUCACCCUGCUUGAUCACGGUCUUUAUCAGGUCCUGGAGCCAGACUUCAGGUUGGACUACUGUCGGUUGUGGCAAGCUCUGAUUAGAGGGGACAUGUCGGGGGUGGAGCGUUACAGCCGCAGACUGGGGGCUGGAGAUCUGUUUGCGCUGUUCGCCUGCGUGCUCACUGCUCGAUCCUGGACCGCUGUGAACGCCGGCAUCAGCUCUGUGCCUGUCACACACUCUGAGGAUGUAGAGAUCCAGACCAAUGCGGCUCAGUACCUCCCUCAGAUUAGCGAGCUGCUGAACAGAGUUCCCCGGCAGAUGCUGCUGCUGCUGAAGACCAACGAUCUGCUCAGGGGCAUCGAGACCACCUUACAGACCAGAGCCUCGUCCUCGUCCUUCAUUAACAUGUCCCGCUGCUGCAUACGUGCUAUGGCCAGGCACAGGAGGAGUAAGGCCCGGUCCAGGAGCAGGCGGGUGCAGGUCACGCUGGCGGAGUGUGUGCAGCUGUGCGGGCUCAGUGUGUACGAGCUGCUGCUCUGGGUGAAGGGCUGCCGGCUGGGAACCUGGCUCACUGCUCUGCUCACAUUUCUGCAUUGAGACACAUUAAACAGUGGCUGUAGCUCUUAUUGCAUGUUAACAAAUGUUGAACAUGUGCUCAUACACACACAGGUUACUAUUAUGGUAUUGACUCAUUUCGAAACUGUAUAGAUAUACAGUAUAUAUGGACAUAACAUUCUGGUGUCUCUGGAAACCGAUCUGUCCAGUCAGCUGUAUUGAGACACUUUAAAAAAAAAAAUAAUUCAUUUUCUCAAGAUACAUUAUUUGUUUUAGUCUUAUGAAAAUCAAUACGAUUAUUUUCAAUUAUAUUUUUUUAGAAACUUGAAAUUGACUUGAACCAUUACAUUAGACAGGGAAUACAUAAUCUGUGUUCACAGAGUAUCUGCAAACUGUCAUACAGCUGCAGGACUAUAGGCUGGUGGGAAACAUUUCGGUCAAAAAAUUGUUACAGUACUGUCUGUUAGUGCCAAAGCUCCUACUUACAUUGUUCAUGAAUUUUCGGUUAUAUUUAUCGUAUUAUUUAAUGUUGUUGGCCUUGUCCUACCACUUACCGUGAGUACAGAGAAUACACAAAAACACAAUAACUUGGUUGGAUGUUUUAAUGUUAAUGAGUUAUUAUUAAAGUAUACUAUUUCAUC